AAGUCCCCACUCAGCGAGACGCUCCAGAGGACGUACUGUGAGCCAAGCAGAGGCUUUAGUUUCUACCUUGAGAAGACCCAGCCCAGCUGUGGGGGCUGGAGAGCCCCAGGUCUGCUGCUACUGCUGGCCAUGGCCAUUGCUGGGGCUGUGGCCGGGGGGCUGCUUGGUUCCACCCAGGGCCCUGCCAAGCCACUGCUGCAGAUGCUGCACCUGACACCCCCAAACCCACGGGGGGCCUGGUCCAACCAAACCACCCUGGUGGACGUGGUGCGGAAGGUGGCGACACUCACAGUGACCCCCCCACGGAGCAACGGCAGCUGGGUGGUGCUGCUGGACGGGCAGAGCGGCUGCGUCUGCUACCGCCCAGCAGAGCACCGGGCCUGCUUCCUCCGCGCAAUGGAGCCAGGGGAUCGGGAGGCCCUGCAGCUGCUGCUGGACACCUCACAGGCCCAAGAGUCUCGUGGCCCCAGCCAGGACACCCGCCACACCCAGGAGCUGCUGGCCGUGCUAGGCAGGCACGAGGUGGCCCCUGCCCAGGUGGGGGCUUUGGUGCGGCAGCUCUGUGAACGGACCCCCAUCUACUGGGCCCGUCGGGCAAAGGGGCCCCCAAGGCAGCGGCUCAUCUACCUCUGUAUCGACAUCUGCUUCCCCAGCAACAUCUGCGUAUCAGUCUGCUUUUAUUACCUACCAGAUUAAAGCCCCAGUCCCGGCCCUGAUCCCCACCAGCUGGCCACCCGUCACCCGCACCACAGAGGUCAACUGAGAUGAAU